AUGACACUUCCGAAUGACCAGUAUGACACUUCCGAAUGGUCAGACCAGUAUGACACUUCCGAAUGGUCAGACCAGUAUGACACUUCCGAAUGGUCAGACCAGUAUGACACUUCCGAAUGGUCAGACAAGUAUGACACUUCCGAAUGGUCAGACCAGUAUGACACUUCCGAAUGGUCAGACCAGUAUGACACUUCCGAAUGGUCAGACCAGUAUGACACUUCCGAAUGGUCAGACCAGUAUGACACUUCCAAAUGGUCAGACCAGUAUGACACUUCCGAAUGGUCAGACCAGUAUGACACUUCCGAAUGGUCAGACAAGUAUGACACUUCCGAAUGGUCAGACCAGUAUGACACUUCCGAAUGGUCAGACCAGUAUGACACUUCCGAAUGGUCAGACCAGUAUGACACUUCCGAAUGGUCAGACCAGUAUGACACUUCCGAAUGGUCAGACCAGUAUGACACUUCCGAAUGGUCAGACCAGUAUGACACUUCCGAAUGGUCAGACCAGUAUGACACUUCCGAAUGGUCAGACCAGUAUGACACUUCCGAAUGGUCAGACCAGUAUGACACUUCCGAAUGGUCAGACCAGUAUGACACUUCCGAAUGGUCAGACCAGUAUGACACUUCCGAAUGGUCAGACCAGUAUGACACUUCCGAAUGGUCAGACAAGUAUGACACUUCCGAAUGGUCAGACCAGUAUGACACUUCCGAAUGGUCAGACCAGUAUGACACUUCCGAAUGGUCAGACCAGUAUGACACUUCCGAAUGGUCAGACCAGUAUGACACUUCCGCACUUUCAGACCAGUAUGACACUUCCGCAUGGUCAGACCAGUAUGACACUUCCGCACUUUCAGACCAGUAUGACACUUCCGCACUUUCAGACCAGUAUGACACUUCCGCACUUUCAGACCAGUAUGACACUUCCGCACUUUCAGACCAGUAUGACACUUCCGCACUUUCAGACCAGUAUGACACUUCCGCACUUUCGGACCAGUAUGACACUUCCUCACUUUCAGACCAGUAUGACACUUCCGCACUUUCAGACCAGUAUGACACUUCCGCACUUUCAGACCAGUGUGACACUUCCGCACUUUCAGACCAACAUGACACUUCCGCACUUUCGGACCAGUAUGACACUUCCUCACUUUCAGACCAGUAUGACACUUCCGCACUUUCAGACCAGUAUGACACUUCCGCACUUUCAGACCAGUAUGACACUUCCGCACUUUCAGACCAGCAUGACACUUCCGCACUUUCAGACCAGCAUGACACUUCCGCACUUUCAGACCAGCAUGACACUUCCGCACUUUCAGACCAGUAUGACACUUCCGCACUUUCAGACCAGCAUGACACUUCCGCACUUUCAGACCAGCAUGACACUUCCGCACUUUCAGACCAGCAUGACACUUCCGCACUUUCAGACCAGCAUGACACUUCCGCACUUUCAGACCAGCAUGACACUUCCGCACUUUCAGACCAGCAUGACACUUCCGCACUUUCAGACCAGCAUGACACUUCCGCAGUUUCUGACCAGCAUGACACUUCCGCACUUUCAGACCAGCAUGACACUUCCGCACUUUCAGACAAGCAUGACACUUCCGCACUUUCAGACCAGCAUGACACUUCCGCACUUUCAGACCAGCAUGACACUUCCGCACUUUCAGACCAGCAUGACACUUCCGCACUUUCAGACCAGCAUGACACUUCCUCACUUUCAGACCAGCAUGACACUUCCGCACUUUCAGACCAAUUCCGGUAG